AUGCCUCUGCAGCCGGAUUUCACCCUCAACACGGGAGCCAAGAUUCCUGCCGUUGGGUUUGGAACAUGGCAAGCCCCUCCAGGCCAAGUCGAGAAGGCUGUUGAAAUUGCACUCAAAAGCGGAUACAAGCAUAUCGACUGCGCCGCCAUCUACCGCAACGAAGUCGAAGUUGGCGAAGGUAUCCGCAAGAGCGGCGUGCAGAGGUCUGACAUCUUCAUCACGGGAAAGCUCUGGAAUACCAAGCAUGCACCUGAGGAUGUUGAGAAGGGUCUUGACAAGACGCUCAAGGAUCUGGGUACGGACUACCUUGACCUUUUCCUGAUGCAUUGGCCCGUUGCCUUCAAGUCUGGAGACAACUGGUUCCCAAUUGACUCGGAUGGUGUAUUUGAGCUCGCAGACAUUGAUCCUUCUGUGACAUAUGCCGCAAUGGAGAAGCUCCUUGACACGGGAAAGGUCCGAGCUAUUGGUGUAUCCAACUUCACCAAGAACCGCCUUGACGAUCUCCUCAGCAAGACCAAGGUCGUACCGGCCGUGAAUCAGAUCGAGGCACACCCCUAUCUGCAGCAGCCUGAUUUGUUCGAUUACUGCAAGGCGAAAGGCAUUCAACUAGCUGCGUAUUCACCUCUCGGAAACAACCAGACUGGAGAGGCCCGCACUGUCGACGACCCGCUUGUCGCAGAACUUGCCAAGAAGUUGGACUUGGAUAUCGGCCAAGUUCUCUACUCGUGGGGUGUGCAGCGCGGAAGCGUAGUGCUACCGAAGAGUGUGACUCCAAGCAGGAUUGAGUCUAAUAUCCAAGUCAAGGAGCUGCCCCAAGACGCGUUCGAUCAGCUCAACGCUCUGGAGCGAAACAAGCGCUACAAUUGGCAGACGCGAUGGGGAUACGACAUCUUCCAAGAGCUCGGCGAAGAUGAAGUGAAGAGAGUGGCACGAGAGACGGGUGCCGAGAACCUAGAAAAGUUUGGAAAAUAG